AUGUUGCGAUUUUCACAGUAUGCGCUGAAAAUAUCUAAGCGGGCAGGUAUACUACCUACUCGUACAAUCUCCCGAGGCGCGUCAACCGCCACAACCCCCGUCCUCGUUCUGCAAUCCUCCCAACCAGUCUCUCCAUUGCAAAUCACUCUCCGCGAAUAUCAAGAAGAAUGCAUCCAAUCCGUGCUUUCGUACCUCAGGAAAGGACACAAGAGGCUCGGUAUCUCUCUGGCGACUGGCAGUGGGAAGACUGUCAUCUUCACACAUUUAAUUGACCGCAUUGCUUCCGUAGGCAAUGCGUCCCAGACCCUCAUUCUUGCUCACCGGCGGGAACUCGUCGAGCAAGCUGCUCGCCAUUGUACCAUCGCCUAUCCGCACAAGCACGUCGAUAUAGAAAUGGGAAACCACCAUGCCUCUGGUGCUGCAGAUAUCACCGUGGCUUCGAUACAGAGUAUCAUGUCGGGCGAUCGGCUUCUCAAGUUCGAUCCGUUAAGAUACAAGUUGAUUCUCGUAGACGAAGCCCACCAUAUAGUCAGCUCGCAGUAUCUCGAUGUGCUAGAACAUUUUGGAUUGCGACAUCCUGCAGAUUGGAACACAACUUCUGUGCCUGCUCUUGUAGGCGUAUCUGCAACCUUCUCCCGAUUUGACGGAAGGAAGCUGGGCUCAGUCAUCGACCAUAUUGUGUAUCAUCGUGACUAUGUUGAUAUGAUCGAAGAGAACUGGCUCUCUGAUGUUAUUUUUACCACGGUCGAGAUCAAAGCCGACCUGACCAGACUCGGCUCCGGCGCCAAUGGCGAUUUCCAGGCUGGUGCUCUUUCAAGAGCCAUUAACACUGAAGAGACCAAUGAAAUCGCUGUUCGGGCCUGGAUGACGCGGGCGAAAGAGCGGAAGUCAACGUUGGUCUUCUGUGUAGACUUGAGCCACGUCUCCAAUCUGACCGCAAAAUUCCGGCAACACGGCAUUGCGGCUGAAUUUGUGACAGGAGACACACCAAAGAAGGUCCGUAGCCAGAGGGUUGAUGCAUUUCGGAAUGGAGAGUUUCCAGUGCUCCUAAAUUGUGGUGUUUUCACGGAAGGAACCGACAUCCCAAAUAUCGACUGCGUGCUUCUGGCUCGCCCGACCAAGUCUCGCAACUUGCUUGUGCAAAUGAUUGGGCGCGGGAUGAGGCUCCACAAAAGCAAACAAAACUGUCACAUCAUUGACUUAGUGGCCGCGUUGAGUACCGGUGUUGUAUCCACGCCGACACUCUUUGGCCUGGACCCGGCGGAAAUCGUGGAAAACGCGGAUAGUCAAGCUAUGACAGAAUUAAAAGAAAGAAAAGAACGUGAAAAGAUACGGGAAGAAGAGGCAGCUAGAGUUCAGCGACAGGCCGUGGCUAGACGGAUUCCGGGUAUGAUCACGUUCACUGACUACGACUCCGUCCACGAUCUUAUAGCAGACACCUCAGGCGACCAGUACGUACGGAAACUCAGCGAAUUUGCCUGGGUCGCUGUCGGGGACAGCAAAUUUGUCUUGACCACAAACACCGGUAACUACCUAGUCAUUGAGCCCUCCAGGACAGAGGAUAGUGGUUUUGUGGUCAAGUAUUACCGCAGACUUCCGUCCGGUGUCAAGUCGAAAAGCCCGUACGCCACUCCUCGGGUCAUAGCGCAGGGAGAGUCGUUUGAACAUGUUGUUCAUGCUGCAGAUACCUUUGCAGCGGAAGUGUUUGAGUACAUAUUCGUUUCUAAAAUGCAACUAUGGCGCAGAGGUAUGGCGUCUCAGGCGCAAGUCGAUUUUCUGAAUAAAUUCCGCCCAGAGGAAGACCAACUGAAACGUAGCGACUUAACGAAAGGGAAGGCAGGGGACAUGAUAACGAGGAUUAAGCAUGGGACAAGAGGAAUAUUCGACAAGGCAUCGGCUCGGAAGAGAGUUGCCCACAAGGCGCAGGAGCGUGCAGAGGCCGCACGGAAACGGCUUCAGGACCGGAUUCAGGUCGGACCGCUCUCAGACUCGUUCUAGGCUGUCGCAUCUUCAUAAAAGAGUAAUACAGAACAUGUAUGGGUGAGGUAAUUGCCUGACUAGCUGUUCUUUAUCUUGAGCUCGGUGUGGGCGAGCGUGUCAGGGCUGUUACUGCAGUGAAAGAAAGUUGAAGCAUUCCAGUGGUCGAACAUUCGCGACUCCAGCCGCAUUCCACAUAUGUCACAAAAGCAUCCGUGGUCAGGCCAUCUCUCCGGUCUAGGUAAUGAACUAUCCAUCAACUGGUUAUAAACAUCCCAUUCGCCUUCUGCACU